AUGCAAGCUCAACCUCAGCAGCCAAUCAUGUCGGAUCUUCCCCAUUUUCGUGUGAACGCCUCAUCUGUAUUCGUCCAUGUAGGAGUUGACUUCGCUGGCCCCUUCAAUACGAAGUGCAGCUCACUCAAAAAACCGAGAGUGUAUAAGGGCUAUCUUGUAUUGUUCAUAUGCUUAGCGGUGAAAGCUGUUCAUUUGGAAUAUGUAUCGGAGCUGACCACUGAAUCGUUUCUUGCCGCUCUCGAUAGAUUCACAUCCCGUAGAGGCCUACCUUCUCACAUAUACUCUGACAACGGAUUGACAACUGACUUCGUUGGAGCUGCUAAAAAAUUAUCAGAUAUCUCGAAAUUCUUGGCUGACAGUAUGACUGACAUUUUUAAUGCUCUUGUACAACGUGAAGUAACCUGA